AUGAAAUCGACAAUGUGAGAAGCCGGCUCUUAGUAGAAUUGUACAAAGUAAGCAACGUGGUCAUUUAUUUCUCGGUUAGUUGGCGUCUCGACGCUUUCGUGAUUAUUUAUUUAUAUGCAUUAUUCAUUUUUUAAUUAUUUUUUGUGGACACUCAAUUUUUUAAGGACCACUUAUUAAAUUUGAUUCAUCACUAACAUCACAUCCAUUAACUCAUUGACGCUUCAGGCUUGAUCACUGUCAAUUAAGGACUUAAAUAAGAACGAUGUCUCCAAUUUCACAAGAAUCAUUAGUUAGAAAUAAUCAAAUGGAUAUAAGCUGGCUGGAAGAUUUACCACCUGGAGGAGCAUUAGCUGAAUAUCGUAAACAGGCAUCAUUUUGUUGGAAACGUCUUCGGUUAGUUUUGGAAGAUCCUGAAAAAUUACGUCUUAAAAUAAACAUUUGGAAGGCAAUGGAAGAAGAUCCAGAAUUCCAUCCACCUCACAAUGUAACUCCAAGUAUUGAUGAACAAAAAAGAAGAGCUGCCAGGCAAUUAGCAAGGUUGAAUCACUUGAAAUUUCUUCCUCCAGACAUAGGUCAAGCAAGUUAUAAAAUCAAAACGGGUGGAUUAAUGACUUUAAAUGAAGCUACUGCCAUAUUUAGUCCAUCAUUAUCAGUUAAAAUUGCUUUGGGAGUUUACCUUUUUGGUAAUACGAUUCUCAGUUUAGGAACUGAGAGACACAUUCCAAUCUUCCAAGCAGUUUGGAGUAAAAAAGUACUUGGAUGCUUUGCUCUGACUGAAGUUGGACAUGGUAGUAAUACGAAAAUGAUGCGAACAACUGCUACAUAUGACCCAACAAAUCAGCAAUUUAUUCUUCAUACUCCAGAUUUCCAAGCAGCUAAAUGUUGGGUUGGAAAUUUAGGUAAAACUUGUACUGUGGCAAUAGUUUUUGCACAAUUAAUAGCUCAAGGUCAAUGUCAUGGCCUUAAUGCCUUUAUCGUGCCAGUUAGAGAUGUUAAAACAUUCCUUCCUUAUCCUGGAGUGGUUGUUGGUGACAUAGGUGAAAAAAUGGGCUUGAAUGGAAUUGACAAUGGAUUUAUUAUGUUUGAUAAUUAUCGAAUACCAAAAGAUAAUCUUCUGAAUCGAACUGGUGAUAUAAAUCUAGAAGGGGAGUAUGAGAGUUCAUUUUCUGAUCCCCAAAGAAUACUUGGUGCCGUCUUGGAGAACUUAUCCGCAGGUCGGAUGGGAAUUUGUCAAGAAGCUACUAAUACACUUGGAGCUGCUAUCGUCAUUGCCGUUAGAUAUGCCGCUGUAAGAAAACAAUUUGCCUCAUGUUUAUCAGCAAAGGGGGAAACAGAGACACCAAUAAUUGAAUAUGAGCUUCAUCAAUGGCGAUUAUUUCCCUACCUUGCUGCCGCUUCUGUCAUUAGGAUUUUCAUGACGGAAUUUACAGAAGUUUACUUAGAAAAUGUAGAAAAAUCAAUGGAAGGAGAUAACAUUCCAAAUCUUAGUCAAAUUGUCGCAGAAAUUCAUUCCAUAGUAUCUGUAAUUAAACCAUUAAUCACUUGGACAUGUAAGGCUGCUUUGAGUGAAUGUAGAGAGGCUUGUGGUGGACAUGGUUAUCAUAAAGCUGCUAAUCUUGGUGAUCUCAGUGUAAAUCAUGAACCAACGGUCACGUAUGAAGGAGAUAAUAAUGUCCUUAUUCAGCAAACAAGCAAUUGGAUCCUUCGACAGUGGAUGGAUGUACAAACUGGUUCUACGAUUGGUAGCCCAUUGUCUUCAGUUACAUUUCUUCUCAAGGGUCCUAUGAUAAUUAAGAGAACAUUCGCGGCAACUUGCAUUGGUGAUGUCAAAUCCCUGAACUUUGUGAGAGACUCCUAUGAAUGGCUCAUUACAUAUCUUGUUAUGGAAACACAUAGAAAAUUUGAAGCUGGCAAAAAUCAAGGUCUUGAUAGCUCUGCUUCGCGGAGUAAGGCUCAAGUUUAUCGUGCGGCUCAACUUUCACGAGCAUUUGGAGAAAUGAUUAUCUUAAAAUACUGCACAAUCAGAUUGGAUAAAGUGUUAGACAAUAGUGAUCAUGAUAGAAAUUUAAGAGAGGUAUCGGAAAAGAUGAUGCUUUUAUACUCUCUAUCGUGCUUGGAAAAACAUUUAGCAUCUUUUUAUCAAGGUGGUUAUUGCUCGGGACCACAAUUGGCUGAUUUUAUCCGAGAAAGUAUUUUAGAGCUUUGUGGACAACUCAAACCAGAGGCUGUCGGAAUUGCUGAUGCUUUAGCACCACCUGAUUUUGUUCUCAAUUCAGUCCUUGGAAUGUCUGAUGGAAAGGUUUAUGAACGUCUUGAAGAAGUAUUUCGUUGUAAUGCUGGUGGAAUGGAGAGAGCAGAUUGGUGGUAUGAGCUUCAAACAGCGGGUGAAGUUCCAUUAAAUCGACCACGUUCGAAACUCUGACGUUAAUCAUGAAUUUUAAAUCAAAUGAGAAUAUCUAAAUAGACAUUUUAAUCACACAAUCAUGUAUACGGACAAGAGGGAAUAUAUAAGUUUUUACAAUAUAUUAUAUUUUUUUCCGCUAUCUACAAGCAACAAUUAUGAAAUGUAUCACUUGAAAACUAAUAAAGCAGGUCUUGAUGAAUUUUAUAAAUAUAA